AUGGCAGCCCUACUUCCUUGUGUGGUGGUCCUACUGCUCACUGUUGGUGUGGUCGGGAGACACGCUGUAGAUGACUGUCGACAACACGGUGGAACCUGUUCCCCUGAUCACGACGGUUGUCAACAUAUAUUUUGGUCCGGCUACUGUCAUCGCCAACACGGCCACACCCACCUGUGUUGUGUGAGACAACAUCCCGUGACACACGUCACAACAGAUGCACCAGCUCCGAAACCAACACAAGCCAUCCAAUAUAGCCACCCAUCACAAUGCGGAACCCGUGCGUUUGCCGGCGGUAUCCUUGGAAGAAGAAUCGUAGGAGGGUCGCGGUCUGCACCGGGGGAGUGGCCUUGGCAGGUUUAUAUAACGUAUGACGGCAAGUCCGCCUGUUCAGGUGUAAUCAUCGCAGACACUUGGGUCCUCACGGCCGCACACUGCAUUCAAAAUGCGGAAAGUCUAGGUAGGUACAUGGUGAGGGCGGGAGAGUACAACACGAAGACUCACGACAGUACAGAACAAUACUACAGCGUCCACAAGAUUAUACCCCAUCCAGAGUUCAAUGACGGCGGUUUCCUGAAGAAGGCCAGUGUGUCCAUAUUGUGUGAGACGUGUGUAACUGUAUUCCUGUGUCCAAUGUCAGAUUUUAGCGGUUUCCUGAAGAAGGCCAGUGUGUCCAUAUAUUAUUGUGGUCGCCAGGACAGUAGUUUCCUGAAGAAGGCUAGUGUGUCGAUUGUGCCGUUGGCUGAAUGUAGGACAGACUACGCCAACGUUAACUACAACGUCUUCGACAAAUGCAUAUGUGCAUUCUGGUGGCUUGAAAAUGAUGCCU